GACUACAGUCAGUUCUACCAGAUGUUCGCGCGAGCUGCGGCGUCCCUGGGAUCCAGGAUGGCGCCACAUCAAGGCCGCCACAGCGAGGUCUCAAUCGAUCGAGCCCAGCGGACCAGGAGCCUCGACGAGCGCGUGAAGAGGGGUCGUUGGGGGUCCGCUAAGAGCGUGGCCAAGUUCGAGGGGACGGGCCGCCUGAACGAUGCCUGGACCGAGCUGACCCCAGUCAGCAGGAGCACGUCCUCGACAGCGAGCGCCACCUCGAGGAUUGCCUCGUGCGUGGGCGCCGACUGCCCGCCCCGCCUCUACACCCAUGACCUCCUUCCUGGCCGAAUUGUUCAGUGGGACAAGCCGAGUUGCGGCGGCGGCGCCGCGGGCUGGCUACGCGACCCGCGA